UGCAUUAAGAACGUCUUUAGCGUGUGCUGUCUAGGUGUUUCAGGAUGCGGUAAAAGAUGAGAAAGAGCCAAAUAAGUUCCACGUAAAAACUGUGAGAUGUUCCAGUGAAAGGGAAAGAGCAAAAUAGAAAAUAAAGAACAUUAUAGCCCAUUCUCAGACUCAUAUGGAACAAGUCUCCGCUGCUAGCUACUUUGCAUUAUUUCUUCCCUUUAUGACUGGUUCAGAAGUACUGUACAUGCAAAGUGUUUUCUCAAGGAGAUGGCUACCCCAUUUGUCCCUGUUCCAGUUCCCAUGGAUAGUGCCUCACCAGGUAUAGCAAGAAGCAGAAGCCAAAGAAGUUCCUCAUUUGGUAGCAUAUCCACCAGUUCCAGUUCAUCCAAGGGCCAGGCCGAAGACUGCAUUACAGGCAGCAAUAAAAAGAGUAGCAUUUCUGACCGGCCUAGUUCUACUCCACCACAAUGUAAAAGUCCAGUCAUCAGGACUAAACUUAAUGGCGCAGACUCUUCAAUUGAAUACUCAAACUCUCCCAUUGGACAAACCUCAGAAUCAACCGGCUGGGAGGAUAGACCCUCUACGCCAACUGUGCUGGGCUAUGAGGUGAUGGAGGAAAGAGCCAAGUUCACAGUUUACAAGGUCCUGGUAAGGAAAAGUCCAGAGGAGAGUUGGGUGGUCUUUCGAAGAUACACAGAUUUCUCACGUCUGAAUGAUAAGUUGAAGGAGAUGUUUCCAGGUUUCCGUCUCGCUCUUCCUCCAAAGCGCUGGUUCAAGGACAAUUACAACUCUGACUUCCUGGAAGACAGACAACUGGGACUGCAGGCAUUCCUACAGAAUCUGGUAGCUCACAAAGACAUUGCUAACUGCCUCCAUGUGCGUGAGUUUUUGUGCCUAGAUGACCCCCCGGGUCCAUUUGAUAGCUUGGAAGAGAGUCGGGCUUUCUGUGAAACUCUUGAAGAAACCAACUACAGACUGCAAAAAGAGCUAAAUGAAAAGCAGAGAGAAAUAGAACAUUUGAAGACAAAAAUGAAAGAAAAACAACAACGUAUAGAUUUUUUGGAAAAGGGGAUCAAGGAUGUUUCAUUUAGCCAAGAAAACAGCUGCAGACCAUUGGAGCAGGGAAGUGAGUGCAGUGGCGAAGUGGAGUCCUCUGCAGUGGAAGCAGACCAAGAAAUGGGAGUGGAAAAUAGUCCUGGAAUACAUGCAGCCUGCUGGUGUGGACCUGCAUCAGGAAACUCUCCUCCUGUGAUUGAAGUUGCUCAAGCUGCAGAACCUUUUGAAGAACAUUGAUUAGGUUUUUCUAAAGCUGCGUUUUGAAUAUUUAGUUUUUACUUACAGUGCUGCUCAAGACUUAUUGCCAGAUUAUGCAGAAAAAAAUUGUCAGCAAACAAGUUCACUAAGUUUACUGAUUUGAUUACCAAAGCCAACAAAGGUAAACAAGUGUGUGUGUACCUCUAUUAUUGGGCUAAAUAACCAGUUUACUGUGGCAGCCUCAGUACUAAAAAUCUAUAAAAUAUGUUGUAUUGCAUUGAUUUUGUGCAGCUUUUGGUGUACAUACCUGUGUAACAUUUGUAAUGUAUAUUGCCAUAGGUGUUCACUAUUUUCAGACAGAAGCUCUUUGUCAUUGUUUUAUUCUUUUGGACCUGGUGUACUGAUGGUCUGAUCUGUCAGUUACUCACUGUCCUGCAGCUGCACGUCUUGCACUAUGCAAUCAAUCACCGUUUUGUUUUAACCUCAAAAUUAACCUGGGGAGAAUAGGCAUGACUAUUCUUCCGGAUCACAUAGAUUUAAACAAAUACUUGUGCUACAUUCAGGGCUCUAAGUUUGUUGUCAUUUGAAAAGUGAUAAUGUGCAAAUAGGCAUGGGAAAUAGGCAUAGGCAUUUUUACAUUGCCAUGGAUAUUUAUUAUGAUCAUAGCUAUUCAUAGAUUACAUUUAUUAAUAAAAGAUUCUGAAUGUUUUAUAUAUAUCACCAUAUAUCACCAUAUAGGGUGAUCUUAUUCUCUGAGUGAAAUAGAAAUCUAAACCUAAAGAUUAUUAAUGGUAUGAUUCCAUACAUAGGAUUGUAAAAAU